GGGAGAGAGAAAAAGAUAUCUACCUUAGGGAAGAACCUCAGAGAGAGGGAGGGAAGGAGAGGACGGGUAGGAGCGUGUGCACGAGUGUAAGAGACUCUUAUUCUCUUAACUACUAGGAGACAGACACACUUUCCUGGCCCGACUCAAAGAAAGGGGGAGAAAACAAGAGGAAGGCUUUUAUUUUUUCAAAUAUCAUUUUAAUUUUCCCCUCAUUCAACAAUCAAGCUGCUCUAAACCCCCUCUUCCUGGAAACUCUUCUUCAUACUGGAAGCUCUAUGUAUUGAUCCCUCUCACACACUGCACGGUUUACCUCAUGGAUUUGUAUCUGAUUGGAUAUUGGAUGUGUGUGUGGUUGUCCAGCUCGCGGGUGCUUGGAGGCUAUCCCAUCUGGUGGUCCCUGGCCCUGGGGCAGCAGUACUCCUCUCUGGGAUCCCAACCCAUUCUCUGUGGUUCCAUCCCCGGAUUGGUACCCAAACAACUGAGAUUCUGUCGAAACUACAUUGAGAUUAUGCCCAGUGUCGCUGAAGGCGUCAAACUGGGGAUCCAGGAAUGUCAGCACCAGUUUAGAGGGCGCAGAUGGAACUGCACCACCAUCAAGGACAACCUGGCUAUCUUUGGACCAGUACUAGAUAAAGCAACAAGAGAGUCGGCAUUCGUCCACGCCAUCGCGUCAGCAGGUGUAGCGUUUGCAGUGACCCGCUCAUGCGCCGAGGGGACGUCCACCAUGUGUGGCUGCGACUCACACCACAAGGGACCCCCCGGUGAGGGGUGGAAGUGGGGAGGCUGCAGUGAGGAUGCCGAGUUCGGGGUGCUGGUGUCCAGGGAGUUCGCAGACGCCAGAGAAAACCGACCGGACGCACGCUCAGCAAUGAACCGUCACAACAACGAGGCAGGACGCACGACCAUCCUGGACCACAUGCAUCUGCGCUGUAAGUGUCAUGGCCUCUCAGGAAGCUGCGAGGUAAAGACGUGUUGGUGGGCACAGCCAGACUUCCGCAUGCUGGGCGACUAUCUAAAGGAUAAGUACGACAGCGCCUCGGAAAUGGUGGUGGAGAAGCACCGCGAGUCUCGAGGCUGGGUGGAGACCCUACGAGUCAAGUACGCCUUCUUCAAGCACCCCACUGAGCGUGACCUGGUUUAUUACGAAGGCUCGCCUAAUUUCUGUGAGCCCAACUCGGAGACUGGCUCCUUCGGGACGCGUGACCGUGUCUGCAAUGUGUCGUCGCAUGGCAUCGAGGGCUGUGACUUGCUGUGCUGUGGCCGUGGCCACAACACUCGGACUGAAAAGCGCAAAGAGAAGUGCCACUGCAUCUUCCACUGGUGCUGCUACGUCAGCUGCCAGGAGUGCGUGCGUGUGUAUGACGUACACACGUGCAAAUAAAAUCAAACUGACUGCUGGACCUUUAAACCUGUUCCCCUCCAACUCCUGCACGACUUCCCUGCUUCCCCAAACACACACACACACAGUGUCCCACUAUGUAAUCCAGUCAAUCUCAGGCUCUACUUCCACAUCAGACAGAACCUUCCCCACCUUAAACCUGCACUAAACUCGGUCCGAACCACUUUUCUCCUCGCCCCUGUGUCUUUAUUUAUUUCCCCCGUCCAUGCCAGCUACAUGUUUGUGCCAUGUCUAAUAACACUUCUUUCCUGUGGGAUUAAUGCAGUAAAACUCUUUGCUUUCAAGUCAAAAGCAUCUUCUAACACCUCAUUCCUCCAGCCACUCAAGCUGUUUUUGUUCCUUUUUUAUUGAAUCCAAACCAACUUCUGUACGUGAAGUGAAGCCAAACACACCAGCAGCUUCAGAGAAACCAUCACGUUGUAACUACUGAACUGAAAAUCCAGCAGGAUGUCCUGUUUUUGUAAACUACUGAGCUGAUCGACUCCUCAGUGUGGCUCUUUGUCUUUACUUUUCUGACUGACUCGACUGCACAAGUCAACUGGAAGGUAUACGCUUCGGUGUGAAAUUUUUAUAGCCUCGCAUUUCUGAAUUAUUACCACUGGGAUGGGACAGGAGGUAUGCAGGAGGCUCAUUCCUCUGACUAACAACCCCACACACGUAUGUGUAUGCACUAUUCAGUUAAUUUCUGAAGGUUAAAAAUAAUCCCUGCAUAUUUCCUUCAAUCGUCCUGUGAAACAGCUCGUGAUCUCUGCAGAUUUAUGCAUCGUUCUUGAGUCAAGCUUUAGCAUGUCUAAUAAUAGUGCUGAUCUUCUGAGAAAACACACCUAAGUCUAAAAAUAAAUCUUUUUUUUUUUAAGAAAAAGAAGGGGGACAUGUGAUGACAUGUGGAGACCACGAAGCAGCAAAGCCUCCGAUUGGAUGUCUCAUCUCUCCUUCAUUCCUUCAUGUUUUCCCCCUCAGCUGAAGUAUUCGAGAAGCCUGAUUUAUGAACUUGUGUUCUCGUCUCUACACCCUAAAACACGCCCGCCUUACUGUUUUGGAGCAGCUUGGUUGGGGAAUUUCAGCAGAGGCAUGGAUGUCUGAUUGUUUAAGUGGUUUACAAAUCACUGAGGGGGAAAAAAGCUGGAAUUUGCAGAAGGAAAAGACUUCCAGUUCUGGUUGCUUCUGAGAUGUGGGUUCAUAGGACCAACUCUCACCUGCUUCCUUCUCGUUGUGUCGGACAACAGACCCACUGUUUACCCCGUAGCGCGCAGGCGGCUCUCUCCUUGUGACAUGACUUAGCAUUUCUGUCAUCUACCACAUCUUUCAGCAUCCAAACCCCCAUUUUCCCUGCUAUAUCCAAAGUUUUGUACAAAUGUUUUAAAUUGAAUAAUUCCCUUUUUAUUUUAUAAUCGCAAAUGUUAUGUUUUUAUAAAUAUUAUUUAUUAUACAAUGUAUAUAUCUGUAUGACUGAACUAAGAUUAUAUAUUUGAAGAACAAAA